AUGAGAUACACUGCUCUUGUCCUACUCGCCUCUGGGCUUGCAGAGGCCUCGCAGGCGUCGCAUGUCCUGCCUGUCGACCGUCUCGUGGAGCGAGCUACUGGCAAGAGACGGAACGGCACCACCUGGGCUGGUGUCAUUCAACACUUCCCAAACACCAAAACGAUCGAAGCCACGUGGAAUGUCCCACACUGUGCCAUACACAAGACAGAUGUCAAGCUCGCCUCCACCGUUUCGCAUUGGGUUGGCAUUGAUGGCGGGGCCGAUUGUACCGCUCUGUUGCAAGCUGGCAUGGCCUGUGCUACCUAUGGUAACAACGAAGUCACCUACUAUUCUUGGUUAGAGUUUAUCCCAAAGGAUCCACAGGCCCUGAACCUCGACGUAGGCCCUGGAGACGAGAUCUACGCCAAGCUUACGGCUACCUCCAAGACUUCUGGCGUUUUUAUGGAGAACAGGACGACGGGAAAGAAUGAGACAUAUUCAGCCACCGCUGAGGAAGGCAGACCCCUCUGUUUCACAACGACCGAGUGGAUUGUGGAAGAAUCGCAAGGCCACCCUGGGCUAUGGAUGGAGACUGUCAGGAUGAAAGGCUGCUCAGCAGCCAACACGAAAGGAACCAAGAUAAACCUUGACGGUGGCGAUAUCCAGGACAGAGUCGUGGACCAAAAGAGACAACAGCGCGUCGAGGUACAGAACAAAAACGAUUUCAACAUUCUCUACGAGGGCCGUGCUGUCAACAACUAGAUUAGCCAACCGAUGCACA